ACUUGAUUUUACUUUGCUAAAUCUUUAUUGUUAUUAUAAUAAUAAAAAUAUUGGAAUCUGAAACAGGUGAAAAGGAAUACUUGGCAGAAAUAUGCACCAUAGGGCAACUACGACACAAAAACAUAUUGAAACUACAAGGUUGGUGCCAUGAAAACCAACAUUUGCUCUUAGUAUAUGACUACAUGCCCAAUGGCAGCCUAGAUCGCUUCAUAGGAAAACCCUUUCUCGAUUGGGAAACAAGGUACAAAAUCUUAACAGGCCUGGCCUCAGCCCUACUUUACCUACACGAGGAGUGUGGAAGCCCAGUGGUCCACAGAGAUGUUAAGCCCAACAACAUCAUGUUGGAUUCAAACUACACCCCUCAUCUGGGGGAUUUUGGCUUGGCUAGACUAAUCCAAAACGACAAGGCUUUAGCUGUCGUUUCAACCAUGCUAGCCGGAACUCCAGGGUAUUUGGCCCCAGAGUUGGGAUUUACUGGGAAAGCAGGCCCGGAAACGGAUGUGUAUAGCUUUGGAAUGGUGGUGUUGGAGUUGGUUUGUGGGAGAAGGUCAAGGGGUAUGGAGGGGGAGAGUAGUUUGGUGGAUAUGGUGUGGAAUUUAGUAGGGAAGGAUGAGUUGUUGGUGGGUGUUGAUCCACUCUUGCAAGGUAGAUAUGUAGAGGACGAGGUAAAGAGGCUAUUGGUUAUUGGGCUUGCUUGUCUACAUCCAGAUUCUGGAAUUAGGCCCAAUAUGAGAAAAGUAGUCCAGAUACUAUUGAAUCCAAAUGAACCUCUAAUGGAUUUGCCAAAGAAGAGGCCCAAUAUGGUUCGUGUAUCUUUGUCUCAUGUUUCUUCAUCUUAUUCUUCUACAACAAUGGUUGAUUUGGGGCCGAAAAGUGUCUCUGCAUCUGGGGCAGGAGCAGAUGAGAUUGUAAUCCAUUAUGAUUGA